ACGAUACAGAGUGUUUAGAUAGUCCGUGGGAGUUUGAUGCAGUGUUAGAAGACGAGGAUGAAGAGCUGAAACAGGAGCAACAAGGAGGCACUUUUAAAGAUUGCAUUGAACUUUUUGAAGAAAAUGAAGAAAAAGGAUCUGGCAAAUCAUCUGCAGAACAAACUUUAUGCUGCAGUUUGCCAACGUCAACUGAAAUUGUCUCUGAAAAAGAAGGUCCAAUGUGUGUUUGAGGGAAUUCCUAAAGCAGGAAACCAAACUCUUCUGAAUCAGAUCUACACAGAGCUCUACAUCACAGCAGGAGGAACUGGAGAGAUCAAUAAAGAACAUGAGGUCAGACAGAUUGAAAUAGUGUCCAUGAAACCGCAGAGACCAGAAACAACGAUCAGACUUGGAGAUAUCUUUAAACGCCCACCUGGAAGAGAUCAAUCAGAAUCAAUCAGAACAGUGAUGACACAGGGAGUGGCUGGCAUUGGGAAAACAGUCCUAACUCAAAAGUUCACUCUGGACUGGGCUGAAAAAGAAACCAACCAUGAUGUUGACUUCAUAUUUCCAUUCACAUUCAGAGAGCUGAAUUUAUUAAAAGAUAAAAAAUUCAGUUUGGUCGAACUUGUUCAUCACUUCUUUACUGAAACUGAACAGAUCAACCAGUUUGAACAGUACCACGUUCUGUUCAUCUUUGAUGGCCUGGAUGAGUGUCGAUUUAAUUUGGACUUCCACAACAAUGAACUCCUGACUGAUGUCACACAACCUGCCUCAGUGGAUGUUCUACUGACAAACCUUAUCAGGGGGAAACUGCUUCCUUCAGCCCACCUCUGGAUAACUACAAGACCUGCAGCAGCCAGUCAGAUCCCUGCUAAGUUUGUUAGCAUGGUGACAGAGGUUAGAGGGUUUACUGACCCACAGAAGGAGGAAUAUUUCAAGAAGAGGUUCAGAGUUGAGAAGAAGGCCAACAGGAUCAUCUCCCAUAUGGAGAAAUCACGGACCCUCCAUAUCAUGUGCCACAUCCCAGUCUUCUGCUGGAUCACUGCUACAGUUCUAGAAAAUGUGUUGCAAACCAAAGAGGAAGUAGAGUUACCAAGCAGCCUCACUGAGAUGUACAUCCACUACCUGAUCGUUCAUACCAAAGUGAAGACAGCAAAGUAUGACAAAGGGAAAGAAACUGAUCCAACUUGGAGUCCAGAGAGCAAGACAAUGAUUGAGUCUCUGGGGAAACUGGCUUUUGAGCAGCUGCAGAAAGGAAACCUGAUCUUUUAUGAAGAAGACCUUAAAGCAUGUGGCAUUGAUGUCAGAGCAGCCUUGGUUUACUCAGGAGUCUUCACAGAGCUCUUUAAAGAGGAGAGAGGGCUGUACCAGGACAAAGUUUUUUGCUUUGUACAUCUGAGUGUUCAAGAGUUUCUGGCAGCUCUCUAUGUCCAUCUGACCUUCAUCAGAGAUGGUCAUAAUGUGAUGGAACAACAACAAGCAUCUUCCAAGAUCUGUGCAAUUUAUAGCAAACCAAAACUAACAAAUCUCCAUCAGAGUGCCAUUAAUAAGACCAUGAAAGAUACAAAUGGACAUCUUGACUUGUUCCUCCGCUUCCUCUUGGGCCUUUCAGUGCAGACAAAUGAGAAACUUCUGGAAGGAUUGGUGACACAAACAGGAAGUAACUCACAGACCAACCAGGACACAGUCCAGUUCAUUAAGAAGAAACUGAACAAUAAGUUGUCUGCAGAAAAAACCAUUACUCUCUUUCAUUGUCUCAAUGAACUGAAUGAUCACUCCCUAGUGGAGGAAGUCCAGAAAACUCUGCAGUCAGGAAUCUCCACAGAUAGCCUUUCUCCAGCACAGUGGUCUGCUCUGGUGUUCGUCUUACUGACAUCAAAAAAAGAUCUGGACGUGUUUGACCUGAAGAAAUACUCUGUUUCAAAGGAGGUUCUACUGAAGCUGAUGCCAGUGGUCAAAGCAACCAACAAGGCUCUGCUUGGCGGCUGUGAUCUCUCAGAAGAGAGCUGUAAAGCUUUGUCAGAAGUUCUCAGAUCUCCGUCCUCCAGUCUAAGAGAGUUGGACCUGAGUAACAACGACCUGGAGGAGGCAGGAGUAUCGGCUCUAGUAGAAGGACUGAAGAGUCCACAAUGCAAACUGGAAACUCUGAGAUUGUCAGGCUGUCUAUUAAGUGACGAUGCCAGUUGUCAUCUGGCUGAAGCUUUGGGCCCCGACUCCCAUCUGAAAGAGCUGGAUCUGAGCUACAAUCAACUAACAAACGCAGGAGAAAAGAUUCUGACAGAUAAAAAAUCUGAAUCCAAACUGGAGACUGUCAUCAGAUUGAUGCCUACAGGAGCAAAAUGGUUGAAACCUGGUUUCGGAAAAUAUUUAUGUCAACUCAAAAUUGAUAAAGACACAGUCAGCAAAGAUCUCACAUUUUCUAACCAAAACAAAAGAGUAACAAACGAGGAAGCAGACAUACCGUAUCCUGAUAAUCCAGCAAGAUUUGAUAAUCCUCAACUGCUUUGUGAAAAUAAACUAGAAGGUCGCCAUUACUGGGAGGUCAAAUGGAAAGGAAACGUUUCCAUAGCUGUAAGUCACAAAGGAAGUAAUAGGAAAGGAGACAACGAUGACUGUGUGUUUGGAAGGAACAGUCAGUCCUGGAGUCUGGGCUGCUCUGAUGGUGAUGGUUACUCUGUUUGGCACAAUAAUGAGGAAAAACCCUUCACCCCUACAGCGGUCUAUGAAAGAGUAGCAGUAUAUGUAGACCAUGAAGCUGGCAAUCUGUCCUUUUACAACAAAUCCUCUGACAAACUGAUCCACCUCCACACCUUCAACACCAGGUUUACAGAACCUCUUUAUCCUGGGUUUACAUUAUGGAGUCCCGGUUCCUCUGUGUUGCUGUGCUGAGUGUAAAAAGCUUCAUCUCAGAGAAACCUUUUGACAUCUGUAGCUGAUGAUGAUAAAGUCCAAACAUCACAGUACUUCAGACACAAAUUACAGAUGCAUUUUUUUAUUUUUUAACAUAAAUGUCUGUCCCUUAUCUAUAGGUCAUUUUAACAGGAAUUUGAGUCUUUUAUUUUCUAUGUAAUAAAUAUGUUUUGUGGUUUUCUUUAGACAAAAAAAUCCAAAGAAUGGAGGGCAGAAGUAGCUUCAGUAGAAAAACUUUAGUCUAUAUUCAAUUCUUAAUAUGAAUUAAGCCGGUUCUCUAAUAAUUAUUCUGUGAAGAAAUAAAUUAGCACUGGAGUCUCAACUCCCAGAAAAAAGCCAUGUUUAAACAUAUUUCCAUAUAACACCAAUAAUAGUGUAGGAAUGAAUUCAUGAGACUUUGUAUAAAUAAAACUUCACAAUUCCCUUCAGACCUGUUUGUUUUUUAGUUAAAAUUACAGUGUUUUAAAUGUAAUUUUUUAACCUAUUUGAUCUGCUACAUUUUGAGUUAAUCAGAGUAUUUUAUGAUUUAUACAUUUUUAUUGUUAUCUUAAAAGUGUAAGAGUAUAGCAUUAUAGCAUAGCAUGUUGCUGUGCUAAUUUCUCACCUUGUCAGGAUGACAAGGAGCCCAGAUAUUUUCUGGAUCCAUAUCUAUAUGUUGGGGGUUUUGUUGUAAAAUUAAUCUGUAAAGUUUAGCCUUAAAGUAGUGAUGACUGUUUUUCUGUUUAAUCAUAUUAUACUGUCAAUAAACUGUGUUCCAGAAAAAUAACCGUCAAUCUGUCCCUCCAUCGGCGCUGUCCUCUGCUCUCAUCAGAUCCUCACUCACUGCAGACAAACAAAACACUUACAGCUUUAUAUCUCACAAAUACUUCUGUUACAUUCACUUUCACUCAGACAUCUUAUAUAAACUGUAAUUACUGAUGGGUAAUUAUGGCUUUGCUGAAGCACAAACUGCUGAUUUAAAACAUAAUUCCUCACUUGAGGCUGCAAUGGCACAAAUCUCAAGUAGGACAUCAAUUUUCAUAACCUCUAUAUACAUUUAACUUAUAUUUUCUGCAAUGAAACACUUAAAUAAAGUCACUGCAUUAAUGAGAUAUGCUCUACUAA